AAACUCCCAUCAGAUCCAAGUCUACCAGACACUGAGGGGAUCACCGAGUUGCGACCCGCGGUGGAUCGGCACCGUCUUCAGGGGAAAAAAAGUAACACAGAGUCCGAAUCUUAGAACAGGGGCAAUAACGCGUAUCUUUCGCUCCAGUUUUAACUUUAAAAAAGGAAACGUCGGCUGCUGAAUCACAUUCGCCGACUAUUAUUUUAAGAGAGGUUAAGGAGGAGGGGGUGUCCGAAAAGGGGAAUGAGCGCCGUCCGGUUCCCUAAAUUAUGAGGAGCAGGCAAAACGCGACUUGACAUGCGGCACUUUGUAGCUCAGACGCUGCCGACCUGCAGGAGAGCCGCAAACUCACUUUCCCCGUAUUCUUAAAAAAAUAACAACUCCAAAAGGCAAAAGUUUAAUUUUUUUUAGUGAUUAAGUGCAUACUGUAGCGAUAUAUAUUAAAGACGAAUCGCCUUUGAAGACUUGUGUCCCAAAGCAAACUAGGGGGUAUAGAGUAAUGCAAAAAGCUGUCUGAAUUCUACUGGGAUAUUAUCAGUUUUGAAGAAUUAAUUAUACACCGGGGCAAAAAAAAUGACGGUGAAACCGCUGUGUGCCCUGGUGCUGCUCUGCCUCCAGAUCGCUUACUGCGUUAUUAAGGCGGGCGUCUGCUUUCUGCUGCCCAGCAAGCGCAAAGACCUGAGCGGCGAGGUGGUGCUCAUCACCGGCGGGGGUAGGGGCAUCGGUCGCCACCUGGCCAAGGAGUUCGCCAAGCAAGGGGCCAAAAAGGUGAUCCUGUGGGGGCGCACUGAGAAGUGCCUGAAGGAGACCUGCGAGGAGGUCACCCUGGGGGGUUCAGAGUGUCACUACUUUGUGUGCGAUGUGGCCAACAGGGAGGAGGUGUACAGACAGGCCAUGGUGGUGCGGGAGAAGGUUGGGGACAUUACUAUCCUGGUGAAUAACGCAGCAGUGGUUCAUGGGAAAAGUUUAAUUGACAGUGACGACGACGCCCUGUUAAAGUCUCAGCACAUCAACACGCUGGGACAGUUCUGGACUACGAAGGCCUUCCUGCCCCGGAUGCUGGAGCUCCGUAGAGGCCAUGUGGUCUGUAUAAACUCCAUCCUCUCGCUCUCCUCCAUUCCUGGGGCCAUUGACUACUGCACCUCCAAGGCCUCAUCACUGGCCUUCAUGGAGAGCCUUACGUUGGGCCUGCUUGACUGUCCAGGCGUGGCCUGCACCACUGUUCUACCCUUCCAUACCAACACGGAGAUGUUCCAAGGCAUGAGAGUGCGCUUUCCCCAGUUGUUCCCUCCUCUGAAGCCAGAGAUGGUGGCACAGAGGACAGUGGAUGCCAUGAGGACCAACACUGCCUUUGUCUACCUGCCCUGGACCAUGCGCAUGCUUGUUCUUCUGAAAAGCUUCAUGCCACAACAUGCACUUGAGGAAAUUUACAAGUUCUCUGGUACCUAUUCCUGCAUGAACACCUUCAAAGGACGGACAUAGCAUGGAAAUGUCCAGAAACGCGGGGGCUGUGAAGACAGGGACACUGGAGAAAAGCCCGGGAUCCCAUAAGAAUCCUUAUGACUUUGAGAUGGACAGGGAUGGCCAGUGGACGCGUCUUCAGCCAAGGUGUCCUGGUCGGCAGUGGCUUAGACCGUCACUGCAAUGUUAAGCAAAUUUGGGUGACCGACCUAUAGAUGUCCACGUCUUGAUCGCUUCUUUCCGCCAGCUUGACCUUGAUGGCUUGUGAGCAUGUGCAGAUCCUGGAAAAUAAAGGGGCAAGUGUUCAGCAGACGGGCCAGCUGUGGGAGGCGGGUCGGAAAACGGAUUUAGUCCACAGAAGUUAGGCCUGUUCAGAGCACAAAAGACUGGUUCAGAAUUUCAAAUGUAUUUGCUUCCUUAAAUCUUUGAAAUAUAUUAUUUUAAAAUAUCAUUUUAGCUUCUCAUCAAUCCCAAACUGCUGAGGUAAUUGUAGUUUUAAGAAGCCCCCCCCCCCACACACACACGUGCAUUCCUGGGAUGACUGCAGAGAGGAACGGACAGUCGGGACCUUGCCAAGUGCAACAGACUCUCUUCCAGCAGCCUCUCUUCCAGACUGUGGGGUCAAAGCAGGAGUUGGUUGGCUGGGGUGCCUGAGAGAUGCUGGAAGCCGUUGGGGGGGAUGUCUAACGGCUCCACUGGCGCCAGUCUAGGGGAAACGGUGGGGGUUUACCCAGUUCACUUUGCCCCCCCCCCGUCACGUCCCCACCCUGAUGUCAAUUCUUCUGCCGACGGAGUCUCCGACCACCAUUUGCGUGUAGUUUAGAGUUCCAUUAUUCCGUUAUGUCUGCAGCCAGUUCUCCUGUCACCUUCUCCGGUGUUCUCUAAGCGUUCCUGAAACUUAAAGAAAAAGACGUUCAGCACCUUGAUUUCAGAGACAAAGCAGGGAUUGUCUCUCUCCCCCACUCAUCAAACUGGCCAACCAGGGCGAAUGUGGGUCAGACACGGGCAGCAGGGGGAAAAAUGACAGUCCUGUAAACAUUGCAGAAGAGGGCUUUUUUAAAAGCAGGGGUUUAUUAUGGUAUUGAGGGAAACAUUAAGAUUUGUUCUGUGACAUGCCUGUCCUGUAAUCUAUGAUUUGACUCAAUAAAAUUUGUUUACUGAGG